AUGGAAGUAUUAGUUUUAAUCAUGUUUCGGAUGAGCAGUUGGCUUCCAUGCGGUACACCCAGGAUGAUCGAGAGAACAUCGGCGGGACGGCUCAAGCUACGCCUGGGACAUAUUGGUGCAUUCGGAGAGCUUCCCAACGAGGAUAAAAUGCUUAAUGUCUCACUGGAAGACCUGCAUGAAACGGGAGUGAUUGGAAAAGAUCUGGAUAUCGAGAUCAUAUCCAUACCAGGCUGUGGCGAAUCUUUCCAGGGUGUAGCGGUUGCUGCCGAAAUGUAUUACAAGCAGCAGAUGCGGGCAUUUAUUGGACCGUAUUGUCCUUCAGGUCUGAUAUUUCAGAUUUCUUUGCUGAAUUGGAAAAGCUCGGAGCACAGAAGUCUGUUUUAG